UGGAAUCGUAAAGACUAUGUCAUAUCAAUAUAAGGUCAUAUUCUUUUUUCUUAUUUCCGAAAACACCAAAACUCGAAAACAGCUAUCCACAUCACACCUAUAAAUUUACUGCACAAUGUUAAAGUUUUUUUGAAGCUUGAUAAAUUUAUUCUGAUUUCAAUUGCACAAGUAUCAUCCAUGGGUUGGAUUUCAGACACAGUUGAGUCUGUCAAAUCCAUUAAAUUUAGAGAAGCUUCGACCCAACUCAUCACUCUCGGGUUGGUUGUAACAUCUGCGCUAGUUAUAUGGAAAGGGUUAAUGUGUAUCACUGGAACUAAAUCCCCCGUUGUCGUUGUUCUUUCUGAAAGCAUGGAACCUGGUUUUCAAAGAGGUGACAUUCUGUUCUUGCACAUGAAUAAUGAUCCUAUUCGUGCCGGAGACAUUGUGGUUAUCAAUAUAGAUGGACGUGAUAUUCCAAUUGUUCACCGUGUAAUUAAGGUCCAUGAGCGUCAAGAUACACAAGAGACUUAUUACCUUACUAAAGGAGACAAUAAUGACAUGGAUGACAGGGUUUUGUAUAAUCAUGGCCAGGAUUGGUUGGAGAAAAAGCAUAUUAUGGGAAAAGCUGCCGGGUUUUUACCUUAUGCUGGUUGGGCUACACUAAUUAUGUCCCAAAAACCCAUUGUCAAGUAUAUACUAGCGGGGGCAUUUGGACUACUGGUUUUGAUAUCAAAGGAAUAGGUUAAGAAACAAUUGCGUACAAUACAAUGUAAAAGAAUCUCAGAAUCUUUAGUAUAUACUGGUGGGGUGCAUUGAGACUACUGGUUUUGACAUCAGAGGAAUACGUUAAGAAACAAUUGCAUACAAUACAAUGUAAAAGAAUCUGAGAAUCUUUUGUAUAUACUCGUGGGGGCAUUGGGACUACUGGUUUUGACAUCAAAGGAAUAGGUUAAGAAACAAUUACAUACAAUACAAUGUAAAAGAAUUUCAGAAUUUUAGUUUUACUGGUACAAAUAAUUCAUAUUUUCUUCA